AUGGAUAAUUCUGAAAGUAUAAAUUUAAAUUAUACAAAUAAAAGUGAAAUUAAUGCAGGUGCUAAUAAUUUUAUUUUUAAUGAACAAGUAAAAUCAGAUAGAGAAAUUAAAAAGUAUAGUCAUGAUAAUUUAUUUAUUUUAAAAAAUAAGAAUAUUUCUGAUAAUAUAUGCAACGAUAUGAAAAACGACGUAGUUAAUGAUAAUAUUGAUACAAAUAAAAAAAAAAGAGAGUUAAGUUCAUAUAAAGAGAAUAAUUUGAAUCCUGAUUUUACUUUAAAUAAUAAUAAUAUUUAUGUAAAUAAUAAUUUUGAUGUUAAAUCAUUUGAUAUUGAAAAUAAUUCAAAGGACACUAAUUUUUAUAACAGUUCUAUGAAUCCAACUUUAAGUGAGGAAUAUAAUAAAAGUUCAUCAGAUAAUGAUAAGGUAAAUAAAUUAGAUAAAAAAAUUGUUGAAAACAAAAUAAGUAAUAAGCAUACAAAUAUAUAUACGAAGAUGACAAAGAAUUCAUGUGAUUAUUUCAAUAGUAGUAAUGAAGAAAAUGAAAGUUAUAGUAAUAACAACAAUACGACAAUAAUAGAUAGCAACGAAAAUAGCAUAAAUAAUAAUAUUGAUGGAAGUAAUUAUAACAUUUGCUUAAGCGAUGAUAUAUAUAAUAAUGUGAGUGGUAUAAAUAAUGAAGAAAAAUGUACAGAAAAAAAUUAUAAAAUACCUUGCGAAAAUGAUCAUAAUAUAAGUAAUGCUGAAAAUGAAUGGAAAUAUAAUGAGGAAAAAAAUGAAAAUAUAAAUAAAAUUGUAAGAGAAAACAAUUAUAAUAAAGAGGAUAAUAAAAUUGAAACGAAUAUUAUUAACGAUAAUGAUUCAAAUGAUAAAAAUAAACACAUUAAUAGGGAAGUAUUGUAUGAAAAUAAUAAUUCAUUAAAAAGUGAUAAUGAUAAUAACAAUAAUAGUAGUAAUAAUAACAAAAAUAAUAAUAAUAAUAAUAAUAAUAACAAUACUGAUAAUAAUGACAACAAUAAUAAUAAUGAUAAUAAUGAUAACAAUAAUAGCAAUAAUAAUAAUACUAAUAAUACUAAUACUAAUACUAAUAAUACUAAUACUAAUACUAAUAAUAAUAAUAAUAACAAUAAUAAUAAUAAUAAUAAUAAUAAUAAUAAUAAUAAUGAUAAUAAUAAUAAUAAUAAUAAUAAUAAUAAUAAUAAUAAUAAUAAUAAUAAUAAUAAUAAUAAUAAUAAUAGUAGCAAUGCUUUGCAUACUAAUAAUUUAAGUAGUGACUUAGACAAUGAUUCAGAUUAUUUUGAGAUUAAUGGAAAUGGAAAAAAAGAAAAGAAUAGUUCAGAGAAUAAUGAGAUUUCUUUUAAAAGAAGAAAAAUAACAAAAAUAGAAGAAAAUAAUGGUAAUGAAGAAAUAGAAGUGAAAGAUAUAGAAAUGGAUAAAGUGGACAUAGAAAAAAUUGAAAGUAAAAUCUCUAAUGAUAAUGAAAAGGAGAAAAAUUUAACUGAAGUAAGUACAUUGCAUAACAAUAAUACAGAGAAUACAGAAAGAGGAAAUUAUUUACAAGAUAAAUUAGAACUUUUAUUAACUGAAACGAAAAAAUACACAGAAAAAUUAUCAGGGCAACGACUAAAAAUAAAUGUACAAUCAAAAACAAACAAGACUAGACGCUGUGCAUUAACUGAGAAAGAAGAAGAUUAUAUGUUGUUAUUAAAAGAAGCGAGUGAAGAAGAUGAUAGUAUCAUCCUAAAACAACCUGUAAACAUUAAAGGUGUUAUGAAACCUUACCAAAUAGAAGGGUUAAAUUGGUUAUAUCAGUUGUACAGGUUUAAGAUUAACGGAAUUUUAGCUGAUGAAAUGGGUUUGGGAAAGACAUUACAAACAAUUAGCUUAUUAUGUUACUUAAGAUUUAAUAAAAAUAUUAAAAAAAAAAGUAUAAUUAUUUGUCCUAGAUCAACUUUAGAUAACUGGUAUGAAGAAAUUAAAAAAUGGUGUAGUGAGUUAAAAGCUUUUAAAUAUUAUGGAAAUAAAGAUCAGAGAAAAGAAUUAAACAAAAAAGUAUUACAUACGGAUUAUGAUGUAUUACUAACAACGUACGAGAUAGUUAUUAAAGAUAAAAGUGCUUUAUACGAUAUAGGAUGGUUUUUUUUAAUAAUAGAUGAAGCUCAUAGAAUAAAAAAUGAGAAAAGUGUUUUAAGUUCUUCAGUUCGUUUUCUUAAAUCAGAAAAUAGAUUAUUAUUAACAGGUACCCCUUUACAUAAUAAUUUGAAGGAAUUGUGGUCACUGUUGAAUUUCUUAAUGCCUAAGAUUUUUGACAACUCAGAAGAAUUUGAUAAUCUAUUUAACAUAUCCAAAAUUAGCACUAAUGAUAAUAAACAAAGUGAAAUAAUUACACAAUUACAUACUAUUUUAAAACCAUUUAUGCUCAGAAGAUUAAAAGUAGAAGUUGAACAAUCCUUACCACCAAAAAGAGAAAUAUAUAUUUUUGUGGGUAUGUCUAAAUUGCAGAAAAAAUUAUAUUCAGAUAUUCUUAGUAAAAAUAUUGAUGUAAUAAAUGCUAUGACUGGUAGCAAAAAUCAAAUGCUAAAUAUUUUAAUGCAGUUAAGAAAAUGUUGUAAUCAUCCAUAUUUAUUUGAUGGAAUUGAAGAACCUCCAUAUAUAGAAGGAAAUCAUUUAAUUGAAACUUCAGGUAAAAUGUCUCUUUUGGAUAAAUUAUUACCAAGAUUAAAAAAGGAAAAUUCAAGAGUGUUAUUGUUUUCACAAAUGACUAGAUUAUUAGAUAUAAUUGAUGAUUAUUGCAGAUGGAAGAAUUAUGAAUAUUUAAGAAUUGAUGGUUCUACUCCAGGAGAUGAAAGGCAAAUCCGAAUUAAUCAAUUUAACGAGCCCAAUAGUAAAUAUUUUAUAUUUUUAUUGUCCACGAGAGCAGGAGGGAUAGGUAUUAAUCUUACCUCAGCAGAUAUUGUAAUUUUGUUUGAUUCAGAUUAUAAUCCUCAAAUGGAUAUUCAAGCAAUGGAUAGAGCACAUCGUAUUGGACAAAAAAAGAGAGUUAUUGUUUACAGAUUUGUUACUCAAAAUUCAGUAGAAGAAAAGAUUGUAGAAAGAGCUGCAAAAAAAUUAAAAUUAGAUUCUUUAAUUAUUCAAAAAGGUAAACUGAAUUUGAGUAGUAAUAAAGAAAAUAAUAAACAAGAAUUGCAUGAUAUUCUAAAUUUUGGUGCGCCAGAAGUCUACAAAACUCAAGAUGUUUCAUCUAUUUCUGAUGAAGACAUAGAUAUUAUUUUAGCUAAUGCAGAGAAAAGAACAAUGGAGAUAGAAAAUAAAUUGAAAAAUCUAGAAAAUAUAUUUGAUUUAACUAAUAUAUCUUUAGAUGGGGGAUUAAACAUGUAUAAUAACUUGACUAAAGGAGACGAUUCAGAAGAAACUAGUGAUGAAGAAGAUUCAAAUUCUGUUGAAGAUUCUUCAACUACUAAUUUAGACACUGAUAACAGAAAAAAAAAAAAAAUUAACAAAAUAAGGAGCACUAUUAAAAAAUUUUUAAAGAAUAAUAAAAAAAAUAUAGCUUUUCUAGACUUAGGAGAAAGAAAAAGUAAAUGGAAAGUAAUUAACAGUGAAAGCAAUAGAGCAAUUAAAAAAAAAUUGAGUCUUCAUGGAUGGAGAGCUGAAGCUAAAGGAGGGCAUGAUUUUCAAUUUUUUAAUAGUGAAAGAUUGGAUGAGAUAGAAAAAAUUGAAGAAAAAUGGAAUAAUUAUCACAAAAAUGAAGAAAAAAUUAAGGAAAUUAUUGAAGCACAAAGUGAACAAGAAGAUUUGAAAAAAAUAGUUACUCUAAAUGAAUUUUUAGAUGUACAUGCAAAAAAUAUCUAUCAAAUUAUUUGUCUUAUAAAUCCUAAUAUUUUAGAUGAUCAAAAUGCAGAGGAUGAAGAUAAUAGUAGUACUGAUACAAAAAAUUUUAAGAAGAAAAUAUUAAGUCUUUUAGAAUCUAAAAAAAAAAUAAAUAUGAUAAAAUUCAAAGACAAAAAUGUAAAAAAUUGUUAUAAUUAUUUAACUAAUUUUAUCAGAAGACAUAUUGCUGAUACGAAUAACGAAAAUAGUAAUAAUAAAAAGAUGAAAAAACAAAAAAAAAAUCGAAAAAAAAUCGAAGAUGACAUAUCUAACUUGGAUAUUGAUAAGAUUAAAACAGAAAAACAAGAAUUAUUGCAACAAGGUUUUUCAAAAUGGAAUAAAGCAGAAUUUAAUAAAUUAAUGAAUGGGUUAAUAAUUUAUGGUAGUGAUGAUAUUGAAUUUAUUUUUGAAAAAUAUUUUAGUAAAUCUAAAAAAUCAUUAGAAGAUAUUAAAACUUAUUUGAAAGUUUUUUUUAAAAAAUAUGAACAAAUUAAAGGGGGUGUAAGGUUAAUUGAGAAAAUAAAAAAAUCUGACUUACAAAAAAAAAUUGUGCAAGAAGAAAAUGAUGCUAUUGCAAAUUUUGUUGAGAAGCAGUUAUCUCAAGGUGUCGAUACAAUAGAGAAGUUGAAGUUGCCUUCUAAUUUGUGUUAUGAAAAAAUGGAUAAAAAUGAGGAUAUUCCAAGUACACCAAAAAAAACUAAGGCAGAAGAAAAUAAAAUUAAUUUAAAUGAAGAAGAAAUUUCAUAUUAUGAUCAAGAAAAUAAAAUACUUCUUUGGUUGUUAUAUCAACAAGGAGUAGUUCAGAUUAAAAACAUCCAUAUUUUGGCACCUUAUUAUUGGCCAGAGGCUUAUAAUUUUUUUAGAUUUGCAAGUACACCAUUAGAAAAAAUUGAAUACAGAUGUAGACUAAUAGUUGAUGCUAUUGUUGAUUUAAAUAAAAAGAAUCAAAGAAGUACAAAUAAUAAGGAAAGAAAAAAAUUUUAA